AUGGAGAGGAGCAAAAAUGUGGAGGAUAUGCAAGAUCACAAAGAACGUGCAACUGAUGUAGUGUUCUCCCCUGUGGAUCUUUGUCUUACAACUGCUUCUGCUGAUCCAACUGCAGAGUUGUGGAGAACUGAUGGAGCACUCAUACAAACUUUUCGAAGAUUUUGCAACAAGAUCAACGGAAUUGCAUUUCAACGAGAUGGAGAAUUAGCAGCUUCUUCUGCGCGUGAUUCACCCGUACGGGUUUGGGAUCUCCGCACUUGUAGGAAUAUUCAAGGAAGACUCAAGUUUUGCUCCCAUGGUCCUCUUCCUCAGGGCAAAAAUGGUCAUUUACCUAACCUUAUAGUCAAACUCCUCUGUUCCAUAUGCUUCGUUUCAAGACAUGGUUCAGAGUCUCUUCUUGAUGUUACAGAUGUCCUUGUGCCCACUUAA